UUUCUGAGUUAGCAACAAGUAAAUGCAGCACUAGUGGGUGGGAUUGAGGUGUGCCCUGGUGCAUAAAUAGAGACUCAGCUGUGCUGGCACACUCAGAAGCUUGGACCGCAUCCUAGCCGCCGACUCACACAAGGCAGGUGGGUGAGGAAAUCCAGAGUUGCCAUGGAGAAAAUUUCAGUGUCAGCAUUCUUGCUCCUUGUGGCCCUCUCCUACACUCUGGCCAGAGAUACCACAGUCAAACCUGGAGCCAAAAAGGACACAAAGGACUCUCGACCCAAACUGCCCCAGACCCUCUCCAGAGGUUGGGGUGACCAACUCAUCUGGACUCAGACAUAUGAAGAAGCUCUAUAUAAAUCCAAGACAAGCAACAAACCCUUGAUGAUUAUUCAUCACUUGGAUGAGUGCCCACACAGUCAAGCUUUAAAGAAAGUGUUUGCUGAAAAUAAAGAAAUCCAGAAAUUGGCAGAGCAGUUUGUCCUCCUCAAUCUGGUUUAUGAAACAACUGACAAACACCUUUCUCCUGAUGGCCAGUAUGUCCCCAGGAUUAUGUUUGUUGACCCAUCUCUGACAGUUAGAGCCGAUAUCACUGGAAGAUAUUCAAAUCGUCUCUAUGCUUACGAACCUGCAGAUACAGCUCUGUUGCUUGACAACAUGAAGAAAGCUCUCAAGUUGCUGAAGACUGAAUUGUAAAGAAAAAAAAUCUCCAAGCCCUUCUGUCUAUGUCAGGCCUUGCGACUUGAAACCAGAAGAAGUGUGAGAAGACUGGCUAGUGUGGAAGCAUAGUGAACACACUGAUUAGGUUAUGGUUUAAUGUUACAACAACUAUUUUUUAAGAAAAACAAGUUUUAGAAAUUUGGUUUCAAGUGUACAUGUGUGAAAACAAUAUUGUAUACUACCAUAGUGAGCCAUGAUUUUCUAAAAAAAAAUAAAUCCUUUUGGGGGUGUUCUGUUUUCUCCAA